CCGGGAUUCAGCCUACCCUCCGGAGCCGGCUUUCUUCCUGUGGCUGCGCUUUGGAGCGAUGGCGCACACGCUGGCGCCCUAUCUGGAGGUCAUCCGAACGACGUUGAAUGCCGCGCUCUGCCUGCAGAACUACCCCUCGCAGGUGGUGGAGAGGCAAAGCCGGCCGGAGAUUGAGUUCAAGGACACCGCGGCGGUGAUUCUCAAGCCCUUGACCAUCGCCAGAGACGAGAACGAGCGCUGCCUCAUCGAGCCUUCCGUGAACUCAGUGCGGAUUAGCAUCAAGGUCCGCCAGUCUGACGACACAGAGAAGAUGCUGUGCCGGAAGUUCGCGAGCUUCUUCACCCAGCGGGCGGAGCACUUCGUGGUGCUGAGGCGGAAGCCGGUGGAGGGCUACGACAUCAGCUUCCUGAUCACCAACACCCACCUGGAGGAGAUGGUGAAGGAACGCAUCGUGGACUUCAUCAUCGAGUUCAUGGAGGAUGUGGACAAGGAGAUCAAAGACCUGAAGAUCGCCUUGAACACACGCCUCCGGGCCGCGGCUGCCGCUUACAUGUCGCAGUUCUCGCAGCGAGGAUGACGUCGGCGCGAAAAGGACUAGGCAGAAGCCACGCGUG